GUUUUUGAUGAUCACGAAUUAGUAUUCUGUGUUAUUAGAUCUGCUAGUAUAUGGUGAUUAGUAGUUUGAGGUUACGUAUAAAGGCGUAUUUCCCGCGCAAUCCCCUACACCAAUCAAUUACCCAUGGGAAGGUUUUUGAACUUUGUCCUGAUUAUUCUUUAAAGAGACUCGUUUUACAAAAUAAUCAAUGAGAGUCGACUAUUCGAAAAGCGCAUAUCAAAUGUGUCUGACUCGGCUUGUUGUACUCUAUAGGUGCGUUGCAAAACAAGAAUAAGUGCAACGAACAGUGAAUAAAACCGCAAUGGGAGCAAAGCAUCGUCAGAAUAGGCCGACAAAAGUCAGACACAGCUCGAAAAAUCAAUCAGUAUCUUGUCGAUCGUCUUGGUAGCUUGUUGAAUCCUGUUUAAGCCAUGCGUCAGAGCCGAGAAACCGCCCGAAUUUUAGUUGUUGGAGCAGGAGCCUCUGGUAUAGCUUCCGCCACUCGUCUCCUGGAGAAGGGCUUCAAUAACGUGCAGAUCCUGGAGGCUGAGAGCCGGAUUGGCGGUCGCAUACACACCAUUCCAUUUUCUGAAAAUGUUGUCGACCUGGGAGCCCAGUGGUGCCAUGGAGAGAAGGGGAAUGCCGUUCACGAGCUGGUCAAGGAUCUCUAUCUCCUCGAGCGGACUGGAGACUUAUAUAGUACGGUGCGGUGCGUACGAUCCAACAAAGAGGAAGUACCUCAGGAGCUGGCUAUCACCUUAAGAGGAAUCGCUUCGAGCUCAGUACCAGACGGAACCCAUCCGUACAAGGGGUCUGUGGGAGAUUAUCUGACACAAAGAUAUUGGAAGGAGAUUGACACGCAGUUGCCAUCGGUCGACCGCGUCCUGGCCAACGAGAUGCUGGAAAGCUUCAAAAGAUCCGAAAGUUCUUUCGAGGGCUCUGACAACUUGCUUGAAGUUUCGGGACGCGGACAUUUGGAAUUCGCCGAGUCUGAAGGCGAUCAGCUGCUGAAUUGGCGCGAUCAGGGCUUCGAGAGAUUCCUUCGACUUCUGAUGAGCGCUAGUGAUCAGCCCGAUGACCUUGGAGUGCUCAAGGGACGUGUACAUUUCCAGAAGAAGGUUACUGAGAUCAACUGCGAUUGUCCUUGCAAUUUGAAUGUUCGGUGCUCGGAUGGAGAAACCUUCAACGCAGACCAUGUCAUUUGCACCGUCUCCCUGGGAGUACUGCAAGAGCAGCAUGAGACGUUGUUUGUGCCUGCCCUGCCGGCAGCCAAGGUUAAUGCGAUUAAAAGCCUAAAACUGGGCACAGUGGACAAAUUCUAUAUGGAGUUUGCGGCACCGCCGUUUCCAACUGAUUGUGCGGGAUUCUACUGUCUGUGGAUGGAGCAGGAUCUGCAGGAGCUACGCAGUUCGGAGCUCUUUUGGCUGGAGAGCAUCAGCGGCUGUCAUCGGGUCACCUAUCAGCCUCGCUUGCUGGAGGCUUGGAUUGCGGGUGAGCACGCCCGCCACAUGGAGACUCUCAAGGAGGAAAAGGUGCUGGAGGGUCUGAGCUGGCUUUUCCGAAAAUUUCUCAGCUUUGAUGUGCCCCAACCUAACCGAUUUGUGCGCACCCAAUGGCAUUCCAAUCCCAACUUCCGUGGCAGUUAUAGCUUUCGUACCACACUAGCCGAUGAGCAGAAUACUGGUCCCUGGGAUCUGCAGACUCCUGUGAUAAGUGACAAUGGUCACCCAAUAUUGCUGUUUGCGGGCGAGGCCUCGAGCAAAACUCACUAUUCCACAGUACAUGGUGCCGUUGAAGCUGGUUGGCGGGAGGCGGAAAGAUUAAAUGAUUUUUACCAAGAUAUUUCUUAAGUUCAAUAAAAUGUUUUAACAGC